AUGUCCUCCGCCCCUCGUAUAAAAGGAGAGCCAUGUCCAUACGAGAGCUGUGGAUCACGGCGCUACUACACCGGCGAUGAUGGCUAUACCUACUGCGACCGCGGUCACCAGCAGCGCGAGCGCGGCACAGUGAUCGCGGAGGACACUGGAGAGUUUGUGCCUGUGGGACGCUCGGUGAGAAGGAAGGACUCUGAUGCUGAGUCUUCAAGAACGCGAGGGACGUCUGCUGGCUUCACUGGCGCCGAAGCACUCGAGCACUACUUGCUCUGCGUACAGCUUGUGUUGAGGAAGCAGUUGCGAUGGCUCAUUGACGCGCAGAAGCUGCCGGAGGAACUUGAGGUACUCGUAAAGGACCUAUGGGCUCUACGCCUGCAGAAGUUACAGUUUCGAAUCUCCUACGACUCGGAUACCGAAACAGAUGCUCCAACCACUCAAGUCUUCAGCUCACAGUCGGAGAGGGACAGCCAGUCUACAAGAAGAAGUCGCCAACGUCGAAUGAAGCCCAAGGAGGGAACGCCAAAUCUACUGGAGCUGCUCUCGCUCUGCUAUACAGGCGUGCUGCUGCUGCGCAGUCCUAUCACAGCUGCUGAUAUCCUGAAAUGGGUCAACAAUGGCGAAUUGUUGUACUAUCGAGCUGCGCGCGAAGUGCCUUUUGGGUUACGAGAACGUCUGCCACCGCAGUACCAGAGGCUGCUCGAGCCGGCGGAUCUGAUCAAGCCAGAACCGUUGCAUGAGGCCGUGCUCGAGACGCUUUCAUUCCUCAACAAAGAUUUCGGGAUGGCAGUGCCUUCGAUCAAUGUCCCUCUGGUGGUGUACCGUUGGAUGAAGGAUAUGCUCCUGCCGUUGGAGGUGUUUGCUGGCACGCAGCGGCUGACCUCACUGCUGGAGUUAGAAAUCAAGUUCGAUCUAUCCAAGAUCAGCAGUCGAGCUCUUUUGCGGUACCCGGAGGUACAGCUCAUGGCGCUGAUAGUGGUCGCUACCAAGCUGCUGUUUCCCACUGGCACAAAGCCAUUCAAGACUCGCGCAGCUACCGAUCUGUCCGCGGUGGUCUUUGACUGGGACUCAUGGCUCAAGCUGCAAGAAGAGCGGAAGAAGGAGGUCGACAGAAAAGACAAUCUCACAUAUGCAGAAGCCUUCGAGUUCGACGAGGACGACUGCUUGAACUCCUCUGAGGACAAGCUGGACGCCUACCUCGACUGGUGCGAAGAGAACAUCGCCAGCGAGGACAUUCGCGAGCAUGGGCGGGCUGGGAGAGAUGCUGUCUUCCGAAGGGCGCUGUUUGAGAUGUUCCCAUUACCAGGUAAACGCAACAGCAGUGCCACUGAGAUUCCGGCGCCUCCGAGCACUCCUCCAAUUGGCGGUCUUUCGACAGAGGCUCGUUUGACAGAUGAAGAUGCUCCACGAACGAUGGCGGAAGUUGGCGAGUCCUACCGGCGCUUCAGAAAGCUGGAAGACUUGUCCGAUACGUCGAAGGUGUUGUACGAAGAGGCUGCGAAAUUGGCUUGUGUGUCGCUAGAGGGCAUGGUUCAGGCGGUGUUCUUGGUUGAGAGGCGGCUGCAGAAGGUCGAGGAGCGCCUUCGAAGGAGCGAGGCUACGUGA